AGAAGAGUGUUAGAAAUAUUUAUCCCCACAGUAGCAUAGACAGUAACAUUUUCUCCUGCGAGGCUGAGUCUGAAGGAUCAACAUCAAAGUUAUUAAAUGAGAAUAGCUAACAUUUCAGGGGGGGGGGAAAUAAUUUAUGUUGAUGUUGACAGUAAAUUAUCUAAUUUUUAAAUUAGAUUAUCUAAUUUUUAAAUUAGAGAAUAGAUUCAACAGAGCCAUGUUAAUCAUAAGAAGUAUCUUGGACACCAUAGAAUUUCUGAUUUUAUUUUGCUAUUACAGUUUGGAGGCAUUCAUUUUGAUGUUUUUCUGUAUUCAAAAAAAUGUUGCUGGGAAAAUCGUGCUUGUCACAGGAUCUGCAAAUGGAAUUGGAAAAGAGAUUGCCAAAAAUUUUGCACGUCUUGGUUCCAUUCUCGUUCUCUGGGACAUUGACGAAGAAGGUAACAGUGAAACAGCAGAAAUUGCCAAAGCCAAUGGGGCUCUAGCGGUCUAUACCUACAAGUGUGACCUACGCAAAAGAGAAGAAAUCUACACAGUGGCUGAACAGGUUAAAAGGGAAGUGGGUGAUGUAGAAAUCCUAAUCAACAAUGCAGGUGUCCUGAAAGGAAAGACCUUCCUUGAUCUUCUUGACUCAGAUAUGGAAGAAACAUUAGAAGUGAACACUACUUCUCAUUUCUGGACUUGCAAAGCCUUUCUUCCAGCUAUGAUUGCCCGCAAUGAAGGUCAUUUGGUUUCUACUGCUAGUGUAUCAGCAUUAGUGGGGUCCAAUAAACUAACAGAUUACACUGCAAGUAAAGGUGCAGCAUUUGGAUUUUUGGAAUCUCUUGCUUUUGAAAUGAGAGCUGCAGGAAAGAAAGGCAUUAAAACCACCAUUGUCUGUCCUUAUUAUGUGGACACAGAAUUAGUUACAGGGGUACAAACAACCCGGCCACUUCUAUUUCCUAUUUUGGAUGUAGGCUAUGUUGCGAAGAAGAUUGUGGAUGGUAUUCUGAAAGAGAAACUUUAUGUUGUUGUGCCAGCAUAUGCCCGGACCAUUCUUCUUAAAAUAUUUCUUCCUGCAAAAGUGGUUUUCCUCCUUGUAGAAUAUCUUGGUCUCCUCAAUAAUCUAGAUCACUUCAAAGGUGAAGUUCAAAGAGGAGACAUCACAAAGGGAGAAAUGGGAAUUCCUCCUCUUGACAGUUGGUAUGUUUGAUACUUGGUUGAUCUUCUGUUUUUUCUUCUUACUUAUCUAAACAUGUUCUUAGUCUGUCAUGUAUCCUAUAGGUCCCUAACAUUUUAUGUUAAGUAGCAGUAAAUCAUGAUAUAUGGGCGUUGGGGACAUCUCUGAAAAUCCCUUUUAAAACUAUGUCUCCUUCACCCGAUCACAAUAACUUAUUUGAAAUGUUCCAGCUCAUCCUUUAAUAAAGUGCACUUCCUUCCUUUCAUUGGCAGGGAUGGGAUGAAGUGAACAAUUUUGAGGUCAAUCCUAAAAACAACAUUUUCUCCUGGAGCUAACCAGAAAUGCUGUGUGUUCUCUCCCCAGAUUUCUGCCUACAAAAGUGGUUUUGCCUACUUGUAG